AUGGAACCUGACGUAGUCAUCUACAACGAAAACUAUCUUAUAUCGCUCAUGGCUAUGCCAAAUAAUUGGGGUAUCUUCGCGAGUUGCAAUUUAAAUCCAUGUAUAAACAAGCGUCGUCCCAUCUGCUGUGAUCAACGUUCUGGUUGCGGUCUCCAGGACGAUUUCAGGACGAAUGCGGACUUUUAUGUUGUUCGGCCAGACCGCAUCCCCAGAGAUGCCUUCAACCAUUGGGAUGGCAAGGUUGGAGAAGACGUGGAACAGUUUGUUUCUCGAGCUUUCCGGUCGAUUUAUGCGGCGAAGAAAGAAGUGUACAUUUGGCAAGAUAACAAAGAUUACGCUUGCCGAACACGAGGCAGCGGAGUAUGGCACACCUCUGAGGUGUGCCCCGUUCUUCUGCACGCGUGGCAGCUCGAGACACCUCCGUGGCAUACUGGUUUUUGUGAUCAGGAGUUCCCGACAUCUUCAAGAAAAUUGUUCAUGGAGGCAUGCUGGAAUGGCGAGGAACUGGACGAAGAAAUGUCGGCCAGGUGGUCGCAGAUAGUAAAUUUCACGUCGGGCAUGUCAGCAGUGUCGCUCGAGACAGGCAUCACUAGUUUACUGCGCGUAGUGCUUUUCAUCACAACUGUGGGGUCAAAGCAGCAUUUGACUUUUUUGUCGUGUCAGGCGGGAUUGCUCAACCGCUUACCCAGGCUAUCGAACGCAGAUGCCAUAUUCUCAGUGGGAUUACAAAAGCUUUCAGUGGAAGGGGAUAAUGCGCCACCGAAAGAGGUGCGUCGGUACGAACAGCUGGUGCGCGAUUGGCCAUGCAGAAGAAAAACGAUUCGCUUCAUCAAGAACCUUGGAUACCAAGCUGGUGCAGUCGAGGCAACACGUAUUGCUUUUUCAUCCGGCUGGUUCGACGGCUAUGAUUGGGUCAUCCGAAUGAACCCAGACGUUGUUAUCUACAACGAGAACCCUGUUUUCGAUUUCAUGGAGAGGCCAGACAAUUGGGGUGUCUUCGCGGGUUGCAAGCCAGGCGGCCUGUGUCGUCAACAUUCUGGUUGUGGUCUGAAACGUAAGGACUUUUGGACGCACACGGACUUUAAUGCCGUCCGUCCUGAUCGGCUUCCCCGGGAUGCCUUUAACGUUAGCGGGAAAAAGGUGCACGCCGAGAGCCAUGCGACGAAGGCUUUCCAAGACAUUUUUUCAGCGCGGGCAGAUGCGUACAUUUGGAACCAGGACGUAGACCGCAACUGUCGCAUACGGGGUGGUGGAGUGUGGCAUACGCAGGAAGCCUGCCCAGCACUGGUGAACGCCUGGGAGCGAAAGACGCCGCCGUGGUACAGAAGCUUCUGUUUCGAGGAGGUGCCGGCGGCAUCUGGCACGCUGUUCAAGGAGGCGUGCGCGGGACACGCGCUCGGUCAGAGGGUGAAGCAGCAGGAAAUAUUUGUGCAGGGCGGCGGCAUCAUGCCGUCAUAG